ACCCUUCAGUGAAGUCAGCUUAAUCACUUAUGGGCAAUACAGGAAAUUUAGUCUUUCUCACAUCAGGACAGUUGAGCUGAAGGCAGAAGAGUUUGAAAACAAGAUCUGACGCAUUUGUGUUCGAAAAGUGAUACCACAGUACAGCGCUCUUGUGAAGUAAUUUCCACGUUAUGCAAUAUUUUGUAAGCAGGUGGGAAACUGUGAGAUAGACACCACAGGAGAAGAUAUAUGAGUGAAGGGCUUCAUGUUGCAUUACAGAAUGGAUGUUAUUUCCCCUCUGUCAGAAGAAUUAAUUCCAUAUGAUUCAGACACUCGGCCGAUAUAUGACUUCUACCCGUAUCUCAGUACUGACCCUCAGACUCAUCCAGAAAGUGGAUGGGACUAUGCAGGCGUUCAUGCCCAUCACAGUGACUUUGAGCCGCCUCAAGGAAACCAUUUCACCGAGCUCCAUCCCAGCACAUACCGCUAUGGAGAUGUGGAGUCUUUCCAUCCAUCCGUAGAUUCAGGGAUGGGAACACUUUUACCCGUAGUUCCUCCACAGUAUACUUACGUUCCUCACCCACUGUACCAACGAUCCCCCGUCCCCCACUGCAGCACUGAUGAUGAGGACCCUGGGGGACGCAGUCCACCCUUUGAGGUCUCAGAGGGUGAGGAAGACAAUGACAGACAUCCAGGCAUCUCUAGCACUCUAUCAGGAAACAAGCGGAAAGUGCGUCUCUAUCAGUUCCUCCUGGACCUUCUGCAGGACGGAGACAUGCGGGACUGCAUCUGGUGGGUGGACCGAGAGCGUGGCGUCUUUCAGUUCUCCUCCAAACACAAGGAGACACUCGCUGGCCGCUGGGGCCAGCAAAAGGGCAACCGCAAGAGAAUGACCUACCAGAAGAUGGCCAGGGCGCUGCGCAACUACGGCAAGACCGGCGAGGUCAAAAAGGUCAAGAAGAAGCUCACGUACCAGUUCAGCGGCGAAGUGAUGAGGAGGAUGACAGCGGAUAGGAGGCAGUAUCAUCACUGAAGCUCUGGACGCAAAACAUUUCCUUUACAAUCCAGUCUCUCUUACCUACAAUAUUCACAGAUUCUCUCCGCCAUUGUUCUGCUGCAAAACAUGUAAUCUCAGGGAUAUGUAAUACUUAUAGGUAAAAAAGGGAUAUGUCAUAUUUUGAGUAGCUGACAAAUGGACUCGGACAAAAGACAUUUUUUAGGUUUCUUUGUAGUACAUGCUUUUAUGGUUUGAUACUGUAAGUGGUCACUAUUUCUUUUUUCCACUUCAAAUCAGCUUAAUGAUUUUUUUACUAUUUUUACAUUUUAAGUGUCCAGUGGUGUGGCAAAAAGAACAAACAUGUCACAUUGUCUCUGAAAGUUAAUAUGGCCAUGAAAAGUGCAUGCACAAUAACAAUACUAUCAUUUUAAUCACACAUUGACAUUUCAAUUUUUUCAGGUUUUUUGACACAUUUUGACAUCCAUAUGCUUCAUCCAUGCAAAUAAGUAAAGCUUUAACUUAUUUUAGGCGUAUUAAUGCAAAAUAUUCUGUCAUUAUGUUAUGUGGAGAUGCCACAGCACUGAAAAAAUGAACCUGGAAGUCCUCCUUGAAAGUAGCUUAUUUUCUUCCUGUUGGGUUCCUAAUUAGCGACAAAGAUCCCAAACAGAUUCAAUGGAUUUGUCGCAACAUAUAAUUCAUAAGGUGCAUUUCUGAAAAUAUAUUUAAGUAGUAUUUCUAUCUUUUGCAUUUUGACGCUUCUGGAUUUCACAGUUUGUGAUAUAAACAGCUAAAAACUAAAACACAGUUUAAAUAGAUUUUUAUGUCUUUUAUCACAUUUUCUUGUCUUUUUCUUUUUUUUUUUUAAUUCAGCAAGGAUGCAUGAAACUGAUCAAAAGUGACAGUAAAUACAGGUAUAAUAUUUAUAAUAUUAAAAAGAUUCUUUAAGCUGUAAUAAUAUUUUACAUUGCUGUUUUGCUGUAUUUUUGAUCAAAUACAAGCUGCCUUUGUAAGCAUAACACAAAAACAAACAAAUAAAUAAACAUAAAAAUCUUACUGA